AUGUUAAUAAUAUAUUAUUAUCUUAAUUAAAAUUAUCACUAAAUUCUUCCCUGCGAAUGCUAUAUUAGUAAAUUAUACUUUUAUUAGCGCAAUGCAAUUUAAAAUGUGAUCCAAUUGAUAAUUUAGGAUAGAAUUUUAGUUCAAGUAAAUCAAUUGAAUUUAGUGAAUUAAAUGUAAUUGCUGGAAUUGAUGAUAAAAUUGAAGAGAAUGUAAAACUGUAUGCUAAUGGAAUAGGAAAGAUAUCCAGAAAUUUAAUAAAAUAGAUAAGAGUUAUAAUGAAGAAUCUCAGCAAUUUAAAUUAGAUUUCAUGGACCAAAAGGUGUGCUAUUGUUAAAUGAUAAUCUGACUGAUAACACAAUAGAAUUAAGAAAGAGUAUGGUUAAAUUUAAUCCUAGUU